AAAGGUUAUGAUGAGCUGCAGAGUAUUGUGCCCACCUGCCAGCAGCAGGACUCGCUGGGCUCGCAGAAAAUCAGCAAGGCUACGGUUCUUCAGAGAUCCAUUGACUACAUGCAGUUUCUGAGCACCCAGAAAAAGAAGCAGGAAGAGGAACUAGAGUCACUUCGCAAGGAGGUGAUGGCCCUGAAGAUCAUGAAAGCGAACUAUGAACACAUUGUGAAGACUCACCAAAGCUCACCGUCUCAUGGUCAGAACCAGGUGUCUGACGAAGUCAAGUUCCAGGUG